CGUGCUCUCUGCAGGGCUGCAGCUUUUGACCUCGACUGCAGGAAUCGUUGACUGCAGCCAGGAUAGGACGCUAUGGAAGGAGAGAAAGAGGGAAGGAGGGAGGAUGAUGUAUGUCUGCUCCUCGACCAAAACUCCCCUAGCUGUCCGAGCCACCUGGCAGGGGGCAAAGGUCACAAUCUGUGGGUCCUGGGAUCCAUGGAGGGCUGCACAGUCCCGGACUGGUUCUGUAUCACCACCGACGCCUUCUCCACCUUCAUUGAGGCAAAUAAUUUGCGGCACUCCCUCAUGGUUGACCCCGGUGACCUCAAGACCGGUGCUGAAGCCAUUCAGGACUCAGUCAUCUCGGCUCCGUUCCCUCCCUCCCUGGAGGAAGCCAUACUUGCUAAACUAGCCACGCCCACUUUCGACGGCCGAUAUGUGGCGGUGAGAUCGAGUGGAACUGAUGAAGACUCUGCCUCGCAUUCCUUUGCUGGUCAGUUUGAGACGUAUCUGUACCAGAGGGGGAGAGAGGCGGUGUUGAGGUCGGUGAGACAGUGUUGGAUCUCGUGUUUCUCUGAGAGAGUCAUGAGCCACAGACUCGAGGUCGGGAUGCCUCUCUCCGGUCUCAAGAUGGGCGUCGUUGUACAGGUGAUGGUGAACAGCGAAGUGAGUGGGGUUGGGUUCUCCAGACAUCCCCUCCUCCCAGUCUCCUCCCACUCUGUACUGGUGGAGGCAGUCUAUGGUCUCGGAGAAGGUCUCGUCAGCGGACUUCUGGAGGCCGACAGAUAUCAGGUGUCGAGGAAGGAUUUCAAAGUGGAGAAAGAGAUGGCAGAGAAGAGUGAAAUGAUGGUGAGGGGUGAGGAGGGGGAGGGGGGAGGAGUGAGGACGGUGGACGUGGAAGAGGGGAGGGUCAAGGAACCAUCACUCAGCGACGCUGCCGCCGUAGAGAUUGCGAAACUCCUGAUAUCUCUCGAGGAAGGUUUUGGCAAACCGCAGGACUUUGAAUGGGGAAUGGAAGAUGGGAAGUUGUACUGUCUCCAGGCGAGACCGAUAGUGACCCUCCCUCCCUCUCCCUUCUUCUCUCCCACCGUCCCGGGCUCCGACGCCGUUCUCUGGGACAACUCCAACAUCGUAGAGAGCUUUGCUGGAGUCACUUCUCCUCUCACCUUCUCCUUCGCCUCUCUCGCUUACAAACAGGUGUACACUCAGACCCUUCGAGCCGCAGGUGUCCCCGAGAGUACAUUGGCGACCUACGAACCCUACCUCGGUAACAUGGUUGGUCUAGUGAGGGGCAACCUGUACUACAACCUGAUCAACUGGUAUCGCUGCCUCUCCUGUCUCCCCGUCGGAGACACCUCAAAGUACAUGGAGACCAUGAUGGGAGUCAAACAGAGUCUGGAUCCGGAACUGGAGGCUGAGCUGGGACGGAUCAGGGACACCGCUCCAAAGUAUGGAGUGUGGACCAAGAUCAAGGUGUUGUAUGGAGUGGUGUACACAGUAUAUAAGAUAGACCAGCUGGUGGAGCAGUUCUCUCAGAGAUUUAACUCCUACUACACUGCAGCCGUGGAGACCGACUUCUCCUCUCUCUCCCUCCCCGCUCAGAUCGACUACGUCAAACACCUGUUUGAGGAGGUGUUGGGAAAGUGGGAGACUCCCAUCAUGAACGAUGCCUGCGUGAUGCUGUUUUUCGGUCUGCUCAAGUCUCUGGUGUCCAAGUGGCUUACUUCUGACUCGAACGCCGCCCAAUCUUUACAAAAUGACUUACUCUGUGGACAAGACACUCACAGCAGUGGAGGAGGGGGAGGAGGAGAGGGAGGGGGAGGGUUGAAGGAAUGGUUUCUGAGCAGCAAGGCAGAGGUGUUGGACAUGUUAGCUCAGGAAGUAGGGAGGCAGGAGAGGGGGAGGAGAGAGAGGCAGGCAGAAAGUUCUACCUCUGGGUUACGUCACAGGAAAAAGCCAGAAGAUGCUCCAGACACUGAAGAAGACAGUUCUCCUUCCGACCCUCUUUACCAGGCAAAGAUGAACGUGGUGCAGAGCCUACAGAGGUUCCUGAACAAGUACGGCUUUCGUUGCAUCAACGAACAGAAACUGGAGGAAAACUCGCUUCACGAUGACCCAGGGUUUUUAGUUGACAUGAUAUCAGGCUAUGUGAAGACCAACUCCUAUUCAAUAGCCAACAUGGAAGAGAGAGAGACUCAGAUCCGCUGCAAGGCCGAAGAGACUGCCAACAACCAACUACCCAUUCACAAAAGAUUUCUCUUCAACUGGGUUCUCUACCACGCCAGGAAGGCAGUAAAACAUCGCGAAAACAUGAGAUUUUCUCGCUCCAAACUGUUUGGAAUCUACAGAGAGCUGUUCAGAGCAAUUGGCAACAGUCUGGUGUCCCUUGGUCUACUGACUGACAGACAGGACGUCUUCUACCUGACGAUGGAGGAGUUGUUUGCCUUUGUGGAUGGUCGAGCCGUCACCAACAACCUCUCUGAGCUUGCUCAGGUCAGGAAGAGAGAAUUCGACAGCUACAGAAAGGGUCUCCCCCCUCCGGAGAGGUUCAUGACGAGGGGAGCAAGAGAGGGGUCCUCAGACCCCAAUGUGUUGACAGGGACUCCGUGCUGUCCUGGAGUUGUGGAGGGAACUGUGAGAGUGGUCACCUCCAUACAACAGACUGAGGGUCUGGACGGGGAGAUACUGGUGACGGCCAGAACUGAUCCCGGCUGGGUACCCCUUUACCCUCUCUGCUCCGGUCUCGUCAUAGAGAGAGGCAGUCUGCUGUCACACUCGGCAGUGGUGGCUAGGGAGCUGGGUCUCCCCACCAUUGUAGGUGUGACAGGAGGUCUAAUGAAGAGACUCAAGACUGGAAUGAGGGUCCACAUCGAUGCCGGGAGAGGAAAACUGACCAUUCUAGACCAACAAGAUUGA